AUGCCUAGAGUGGACAUCCCUCCUAACCACCCAUUCAGGACGGGAGCCUUCGCCAAAGAACAGAGGGGGAAACAAAGGGAGCAAGCCGAGACGUGCUCUGGCUGGACAUUCAGUGCGGGCGAAUACAACGACGAAUUGUCCAACGAGCGCCUCAAGAUCAACAAAAAGGAGGCUGAGGCCGAUCUGAACACCAUACUCGCAACAGCGUCGAAAAAGCCCGGACCGCGGAGUCAGUUAAACACACCGCCUAGAACGCCUCUUGAGAUCACAGAGCCCAGAGAUACUCCUCCAGAUUGGAGUCCGCCACCAGAUCUGCCGGUGAUUGAGUCAUUCGUUCGGGGCGAGUUUGAUCACAAGAGGAUAUUUCCGUAUGGGAGGCAUCCCGAACCGAAAUCGGUUUUCCCGGUCCGGAAACCAACCAAAAGCCAGAUAUCCCGAGAACAAGGACUUCUGUUUCAAGCACUUGGUCCCCCGGCUGCUCGUCCAUUGAACCUGGAGGCAGUGGAAGGUCGGUUGCGGGGCCUCCCAUACCCGUUGAACAACUUUGUUUUCGUCAAAGAGAACGUCAAAUCGUUGUUCGAUAAAGUCCUCGAUGAGUUCAACAGCAACCCAGGCCCAAUCGACAAGUUGCUUGACAAAUGCCAAGAACUCGCCAGAGCCAUCAUCGACGAGGUCCGGCUUGUGGACGAGGAUUACGUUGUGGUACAUCGGUGGGUGGAGGCCUGUGUUGAAUUGCAUAUGCACGGACCGGAGUCCUCUGCCCGUGCCAUUUUGAUAGCCAGAACGACCCGGGAAGAGCUGAAAGAGGCGUACGACGUGGCCAUGAUGGGUAUCGUCAUCGAGGGUAGGAAGGGUGUUGGUAAGGUCGCCAAAAGACCAUGUGCGCACCCCCGAUACCGUAGAGCGUUGGCGAUGGCGAGGGCGGCCAAGAGGGAGGAGGAGAUGUACCAGGCGACGCCCGUAUCAGCAUCGUUGCCGGAGCUGGCGUGA